AUGACUAAUGGGAGGUUUAAGAGUGUUCAUAGGGUUUUGGCAAAUGGUUCAAAGUAUAGAGUUUUAAUGAUCUUCUUUGGCAACAGCUGCAGAUGGACCCUAGAGAGUGGUAUGUACAUGAAGGGCACCUUGUACCCUUCUUUGGGUAAUCUCCAGUUCUUGGAGACACUGGUGAUAAGUGGGAUGAAACAGAUUGGACGUCCUAUUCCAGAGAGCUUCUCAAAGUUAACCCACCUCACCCAACUUGUCCUUGAAGAUAACAGCUUUGAAGGAUCCAUUCCUCCAAGUCUAGGUCAACUGCCCUUACUGAAGACACUCUCCCUGAGUGGGAACCAUUUGAAGGGACAGAUUCCUCCAAGUCUUGGGAACCUCAGAAACCUCAUCCAGAUGAAUUUUGGUAAGAACUUCCAGACAGGCCCAAUCCCACCCACCAAAAACCUCAAUAGUUUGCUGUACCUUGAUCUUACCUACAACCUUCUGUCUGGGCUGAUUCCAGACUUUUUUGGACAGUUUCAUAAUCUAACCUCUAUUGACCUUUCAAAUAACAAGCUCUCAGGCCAGAUACCCAGUUCCCUUUGUAACUUGCCCAAUCUCAUGGACCUUUCUCUGAGCCAAAACCAGCUCACAGGUAGAAUCCCAGAUCAGAUUGGGAACAUUAAAUCUCUUACCACCCUUUCUCUGAGUGAUAAUCAGCUCACUGGUCAAAUCCCAGUUUCAGUUUCAAGGCUACAGAAAUUUUGGCAACUUAACCUGUCAAGAAAUGGGUUUUCACAUCCCUCACCAAGAAUCCUUCCAAAUGGCAUCCCAUCGCUACUAUCAAUAGACUUAUCCUAA